AUGGUCUUCUGCACCUAUUGCGGGCAGUCCUUCACGAGGGACGAGCACCUCGAGAGGCACAUCCUCACUCGUACGUUAUCCACCCUCCCGGCUACCAGUACCUCAGCGACGACCUUUGCAAGCUGACAGAUCCCUCACUACAGACACCAAUGUCAAACCCUUCAAAUGUUUCACCUGCCAUAUGUCCUUCGCGAGGAGGUGAGCUUCCUUCACUCCCUCCAACCCGCAUCCAUCGAUCCGGUCACUGACAGACCCAUAGGGACCUCCUCCAGCGACACUACACAGUCCACGGACGGGACCAGAACCAGCAGGAGAUUCCAGCAGCGAAUGGCAUGAUUCCCAAGUCAGCUGGAAGGACGCCAAUCGCUUGCAGCAACUGCGCCAAGACAAAGACAAAAUGCGAUAAGAAGUUUCCUUGCUCUCGGUGUGCCGGCAGAAAUCUGAGAUGUACCUUGAGGCCGACGAGGCGGGCAUCGAAGAAUGCCGCUCGUGUCGGCAUCCCGCCAGAGGGUGCCGUAGCCAUACCUCCCGGUAUGCAAGCUCCAGUCGGCGAGAAUGGUGUGCAGCAACCACAGCAGACCCAGAGCCCUCCACAGCACCCACAGCCCAUCAAACCGGCGAGCCCAAAGAACAACAUGGCUCCAGUCCAAGAAGAGAAGACAUCAGCUCCAGCAGUCGACGGCCCUCCCUCACAUUUUGUUGAACAACAACCCACCAGCGGCCCGACUCCUCCCAACAGCUUCUCCCCACCUAUGCCUACGCCGGGCUUCCUCCAGCACACGCCCAUGUCAGGAUACAACGAGUUCCAGACAAUGGGCAAGGAUAGCUCAGAUGCAGGAUCCAGUCCUCGUUUCAUGCUGGAUUGGAGCCAGAUGCAGAUGCCAAUGGGAUACGAUGGCAUGAUCCAGCCUCACCUGAUAAUGAAUCCAGACAUGGCUUUCGACCCCAACAUGCCCCUGGCACCAAACGGCGACGGCCUUCUCCACAUCAUGCCUGAUGUAGCGAACGGUAUGGCUCCGCUCAUUACACCUCUCGAGACUCCGAAGAUCGAGCGUUCGUUCUCCGACUUGGAGCUAGGCAGCUCGGCGGCGGCCUUCCAGCCUCAGCGUCACGGCUCUGUCCCGUCAAUGCACUCCGUUCAAUCCGUACAGGACAUCAAGGGUGAGAUGCCGGCCAUCAUCACCGCUCAAGAUGCCUGGUCUGUUUUUCGUUGCACACCAACCAUGCCAUCCUCGUUUUGUCCCAAGACCGCGAAGCUGAACUUGGAACGCCUGGAGGAGACCCUUAGGAACCACGAAGGUUGGAGCAGCUGGAGUCCACAGUGGGAUGAAGGCGACAUGGCAGGUGGCGACCACCUCACCGUAAUGCAGCUGCACGAAAGCACUAGGGACAAGUUGCUGGCCAUCACCCAGAGCUUUCUGCACAAGGCAUUGGAGAUCCACAGAGAAGGCCACCACCACCAAUCUUCUCCCGCGAAUGAAUACCUUACACCAAACUCGUACGCCUCCAACUUUGUGCUAUUACCGCCUGCGCGCGUGCUCGAGUACUUUUUGCAAUCCUACGCCAACUGCUUCGAGCGGUACUACCCGUUGACGUCUAGAGGCGUCUUGGACGCCAAUGAGCUCAUGCACUGCUACAACGACAGGGCAUCGAGUCUUCUGGUCCUGAUGAUGAUCGCUCAAGGAGCCAUGAACAUUCCAUCGACCGACGCUAGGAUGCUGACGGGAGGACUGACCGAAGCUUGCCGAAUCUCUCUCUUCGACCUCAUCGAGAGGAACAUCAUCAUGGCCGGAGAUCCAAUCGUGCUCCAUGCGGCACUCUUGUUUACGGUUCAGGCAGCCUGGAGUGGUGACAAGUGGCAGAUGGACAUUGCAAUGGGACAGCGCGGAAUGUACUUUGCCAUGCUUAGACAUUCUGGCCUCUUGGACAAGCCCACCCAGCCAAGCACAGUCAACCAGCAGUCGAACGCGGAUCAGUUGUGGAAUGAAUGGAUCCAGAACGAGUCAAGAAGUCGACUCAUCUACUCAUGGGUGAUGGUUGACCAAGACCUCGCGCUCUUCCACGACAGCGCUCCGCUUUUCUCCGUCACCGAGUUCGCCGCUCCAAUGCCGGAUGCCGAUCGCCUAUGGAGUGCCAGGACUGCAGGAGAAUGGUCCUCCAUCUUCGAGCAGGUCCACGAGUUCUCCGGCGGUUACUCGUCUGUCGGAUCCGGUGCAAGACCAUUGUCGCUCAAAGAUCUUUUCCGUCACUUCCUCGACGAUGAGAUGAUCCCCUUGGGCAUCGAGAUGACGCCUCUGCAGCUUCGUCUGCUCUUGCAUCCUCUGCAGUCACUUGUCUGCCAGUACAGUCAGCUGCUCAGCUGCUUCUCCGACUCCCUCUCCCAGAGAAACAAGAACGAGCCUAGACGCGUCAGCGCUUCCUCCACAAGGAGUCGACUCGAGGAAGUUCAGUCACUGCUUGGGCGGUGGUUCGACCUUGCCGAGAGAUACCUCAAGGCCAACCCACUGUGCCCAAUGAUGCAGACCAACCUGGUCAUCUUCCACCUCAUCAGCUUGAACGCUGUCACGAACUUUUCUGAGAUCGAACGCUUAGCACGACGAGAGAACUUCGACGGCACCUACCAGCAGCUUGUCUGGAUGCACAAGCGGAGCAUUGCCGAUGUCGAGGAGGCGGUUUACCACUGUGGCCAAGUCUUCCGACUGGUUCGGGCUAUGCCUCGCGGGAUCCGUCCUCCAUGGUGGGCUGGCGCCAUCUACCGCGUCGCUCUUGUGCUGUGGACCGACAGCCUGAUGCACAAGGAAGGUGGCUCACCUACCAACAGCAUGUUCCAAGGCAACGGCCCUGUGCCAGGACCUUCUUUCGCCAUUGACGCCCUCGCCGCUGACCAUCCGCUCAUCGUUCGCUACCUGACCAAGCGCGAAGGUGUGCCGUGUGUCACCAAGCGUGAUGGUUCACAGAUGGCGCUCGACCGAGCGUAUCCGGUCUUGCAGCACUGCAUCGAAGUCAUCGAUGAGGGUGCUGCCACUCGCUUCUCCGACGGAAUCCGGGCUAAGCUCGAGAAACUGGCUAGAGGUUGA